CCUGGCCGGUGGAGCAAACGCGUUCCCCGCGGAGCUCGGGGACCCGCAGCCGCCUGCGCGCAGCUUGGGGCCGGUAUGGGAGGGGUGGCCAGGCCGGCAUGAUGAGCGCCCUGGGCAGCCCUGUGCGGGCCUACGAUUUUCUACUUAAGUUCCUGCUGGUGGGCGACAGCGACGUGGGCAAGGGCGAGAUCCUGGCCAGCUUGCAGGACGGAGCAGCCGAGUCUCCUUAUGGCCACCCGGCGGGAAUUGAUCACAAGACGACCACCAUCCUGCUGGAUGGCCGAAGAGUGAAACUGCAGCUUUGUUUCUUGGCAUGCUGGCCUGGCCUGAGAACCGCACUCCUGGUGUGUGUCAUCAUCUGCGGAGGAUCUGCUUAUGAAGCAACUGGGGACACCUCAGGGCAGGGGAGAUUUUGUACCAUAUUCCGCUCGUACUCCAGAGGCGCACAGGGUGUGAUCCUGGUCUAUGACAUUGCCAACCGGUGGUCCUUUGAUGGCAUCAACCGAUGGAUUAAGGAGAUUGAUGAGCAUGCCCCUGGAGUUCCUAAAAUCUUGGUGGGAAACCGGCUGCACCUGGCAUUCAAGCGGCAGGUGCCCACAGAACAGGCCCAGGCCUACGCCGAGCGCCUGGGUGUGACCUUCUUUGAGGUUAGCCCUCUGUGCAACUUCAACAUUACAGAAUCCUUCACUGAGCUGGCCAGGAUCGUGCUGCUGCGGCAUGGGAUGGACCGUCUCUGGAGGCCAAGCAAGGUACUGAGUUUGCAAGACCUCUGCUGCCGUGCUGUGGUGUCCUGCACACCUGUGCACCUGGUAGACAAGCUCCCGCUCCCUGUUGCCUUAAGAAGCCACCUUAAGUCGUUCUCUAUGGCCAAUGGCCUGAACGCCAGGAUGAUGCAUGGCCGUUCCUACUCCCUAACUGCCAGCUCCAGCCACAAGAGGAGCAGCUUCUGCAAAGCCAGGGCCAGCCGCGCACCCCAGAGCCCACCCAGAAACUGUACCAGGAAUGGCUGCAAAAUCUCUUAGAGCCUGGAAUUGGGGGCACUGGCCUGUCAUCCAGCAACUCAAGAGUCUGAGGCAGGAGGAUCACAAGCUCAAGGCUCACCUGGGCUCAAGGCCAGCCUGGGCAACUAAUGAGACCCUGCCUAAAAAUUACGAAGUGAAGAGAGCUGGCUCUCUAGGAGAGUCUGGAGGACAGAGACCAUUCUAGACUCAAGAAACAUAGUCUCCAUCACUCCCAGUAACGAUGCUGCUUUCGUGUGGAAUGCCUAUGCCACCGGUGUGGUGUGAAUGCCCAGUGUGCCGUGACUGACACUUGUGUGUGGAUGUGCAUGAAGCUCUUGUUCUGGACUUGUGUGUGCAAAGGGAAAAAUUAGUAUUCUGCUCUACUGUUGAUAAUAUGAAAUUAUGGAUGUUACCUUUAUCAUGAUUGCUGUGCAACUUUUUCUGUCACUGCUUUUGUAUGGCUGAUAAAAUGUGUGUAGUGAAUACAUAUUCAAGGAAAUCUCAGAGACAAUGAUAGUCAGAUAGGCUAGCAUCACUGGUAUUACAAGAGGGGCUUUUUGUAAACCUUUUCAUGUCAAAGGUCAAUUUAUAAAAGUGCUGCAGCUGCACACAGAGAUUGUGUACCACAGAUCUGUCCCAUUUGGGUAGGACAUGGAUUUGAUAAAGUUUUUGCUAUGUCAUUUACUACAUUUUGGGAUUAAUAAGUAAUCUAUAUUCAUAUUUUUCUGUAAACCUACAUUUUUUGUACAAAGUGUUCUACAAGUUACGAAGCUACAGGAAGAAAAUGCCAAAGAUAUCUCCAAUUAUGUUGAGCAUAACCAGCAUUGUUUCAACUGAUUGCAAGGAGAAAGGUGUUUCAGUAAACAAUGGAAUAGAAACCGUAUUAUUUAAGGGAAUAUUUCUCAAUAAAGUGGAUAUUGUUCCUCUCUUUGAAAAUUUGUGAU